AUGGAUAAUGACAGCAACACUUUUACUUGUAUUGGAGGGACUGAUUAUAAGGUUGUUUUCUGCCCUAAGAACAAUGCCACCUUUGAAAUUGUUAACCGGUGCUCUUACACGGUAUGGGCAGCUGCCAUCCCCGGUGGAGGUAAACAGCUUGAUAAAGACCAAACAUGGACGAUAAAUGUAAACAUUGGCACCACUGGUGGUCGUAUCUGGGCUCGCACUGGUUGCAACUUUAGUAACUCUGGUCAUGGCAGUUGUGAAACCGGUGACUGCAAUGGUCUCUUGGAAUGCCAAGUUUAUGGCAAACCUAACACACUUGCGGAGUUUGGGCUAGACAUCAACAACCUGGAUUUUAUUGAUAUCUCAUUGGUUGAUGGGUUUAAUGUGCCCAUGGAAUUCAGUCCGACUAGUGGGUGUGCGCGUGGGAUGAUCCAAUGCUCAGCCGAUAUAAACGGCCAAUGUCCAGCUCAGCUGAAGACUAACGGUGGAUGUAACAACGCUUGCGAUGUGUUCAAAACUGAUGAGUAUUGUUGCAACUCAGGUAACUGUGGACCAACCAAUUAUUCUAGAUUUUUUAAGGGUUUCUGUCCCGAUGCUUAUAGCUACCCUCGAGAUGAUCCAACUAGUACCUUUACUUGCCCUGGUGGGGCUAGCUAUAAAGUUGUCUUUUGCCCUUGA